AUCAGCGAGAGCAAACGCCACGGGACGGCCAUCUUGUCACAGUGAGGGGAGGAACAGCCUUAUAUUCCACCUGUUUCUUCGUUGUUUAAAGUCGCCUCUGCGGGAGAGUUAGGUCGCUAAAGGUCCACAAGCAGAAGAUGUCGACGAUGAAUCCCGAGUAUGACUACCUGUUCAAGCUUCUGCUGAUUGGUGACAGUGGUGUUGGAAAGUCUUGCCUCCUUUUAAGAUUUGCGGAUGACACAUACACAGAGUCUUACAUUAGUACCAUAGGUGUAGAUUUUAAAAUUCGAACAAUUGAACUAGAUGGCAAAACAAUCAAACUCCAGAUCUGGGACACUGCAGGACAAGAACGUUUCCGAACCAUCACAUCAUCAUAUUACCGGGGAGCUCAUGGCAUCAUUGUUGUAUAUGACACGACUGAUCAGGAAUCCUUUAACAAUGUAAAGCAGUGGCUUCAGGAAAUUGACCGGUAUGCAUGUGAAAACGUCAACAAACUUCUGGUGGGUAACAAGUGCGAUCUCACCCACAAGAAAGUUGUGGAUUACCAGACGGCAAAGGAAUAUGCAGAUUCCCUUUGUAUCCCUUUCCUUGAAACAUCGGCCAAGAAUGCGACCAAUGUAGAACAGGCCUUCAUGACCAUGGCGGCUGAGAUCAAGAACCGUAUGGGACCCCCCUCCGGAGGUGCUGCUUCCACCCAGGGGGUCAAGAUCAACCCCAGUGCCCCCGUGGAGCCAAAUACAGGUGGCGGGUGCUGUUGAACACACUCAUAGGCUAACAUCAAAACAUGAGAGGUCUGGGGCAUUGGGACAGCAACGGGAUACCUGUAACGUCACUAUCAUUCACCUUAAAUGGCGCAGUCUGACCCGGAGGUGGUGGCUGUCAACUUUCACAGGCACUAGGUUGUUUUGGUGCCCUAGACCAUAAUUGCCUGGUGCCUAGAUCUUUGCAUGGUGCCGAGGAAGAAGUUGGCGCUCGUGAGAUUUUUCUAGGUUAUUUUUGGUUGGAAGACACAAGACAUGGUGUGAAAAGAUUGACAGACGACUAAAGAAUAUCUCUUAAUGGCUUGGUAUACACAUCAAGAGCAACUGUAUGUUACAUGGGACAGUUAUAUUCUUGUUCCUCACAAUCUGAUCUGCGGAAGUUGGUGGAAAUUGAAUGCUCGCCUCAGAGUUCCAUUUCAAGACAUGAAAUUUACCAUCUGUGAUUUGCUGGUCUGCAAAAUAAACUGUUGACUAAGGAAGUGCAGUCUAGUGUUACUAAGGGACUCUGCUGUCUUUUUUUGUUGCUAGAACAAUAUGAGGACUACCUGCUCUGUACAUAGAAUUUUUUUCUUUGGACAGAGGCAAGUAUUAGAAUCUGUCGUUUAAACUAAUGUGCAGAAAGUAAAAAAUGUUAUGAUAUUGCUGAUAGUUCAUCAAAGGAAGCAGGUGGAGAGCUGCACACUCAGUAAGACUUUUCUUCCCUUUUUUUGUAAAAGUGCUGAAAUAGAUUCUUCUUUUAUUUAUGGUAGGCACCAGGGUGUUUCAGUUAAUUGUUGUAGCUAUUCUGUCCAGGCUGUGAGUGUAGUGCUGUUGACCUGCUUCCUAUGUGCUCAUACUUUUUUCAUGUUUUCAAUGAUUAUUAUAUAUUGGGUGAGUUAAGAAUUUUGUAUUUUUUUUCUGAAUAUAUUCUGGUAUUUAAAGAUAAAACAACCAGUAGGAAACCAUGGGAUCAGUAAAGCUUUUUAUUAGGAUCACGCUGCUGUAUCUAAAAUAAAGGAAAACAUCAGAUUUUCUAAUUGGUCUUGUUUUUGCAUCUAGGCAACACCUCUCCCCAUUCUGUUAUAGCUAGGCCUAUCCCCACAAGCAUGUUAGGAUAUACACAGCACAUGAUUUGUAUGUUGAGAAGAUAUUUACAGAUUUAAAUGAUAUGGUUCUAUCUCAUACUUAAUACACUUCAGUUUUUGGCUCUUGAAUACCUGUUAAUAUGUUCACUGCCCUUCUCUUCCAUGAUUGAUUAGUUGCUGUGUCAGCAGAUACUAGACCACCUGCUGAAUAGUUAGUAGAGUUAUUUAUUAGAAUACUUUUAACAUUUCAUAAAUAUAAUACUUAUGCUCAACUAAGCAUCUAUGUUGCGAGCGGCAAUACCCAGUGACCCUUGCGGAAGAAGGACAGUGGUCAUAUUGUGUGGAAUUCAUUCUGAAAGGAAGAUGUCCAUUCCAUCUCUUUUCUAUUGAUCGAAUCUGAACCUUGUACAUCAAUGAAUGUUUCUCAGUAAACUGUAAAGGCAAGUGAUUGUUUUCUAAAUAUGAGUUCCUCCCAAGAUGAAAGAAAGAUGUUUAUGAUUACUUUGGUAUGAAACUCUCAUCAUGAAACUGUACAUACUGAGGGAUGUGUAUAUAAAGAGUGUGUGUGUAAGAUGUUAAUGUACAUGUACACGUAUGCUCUCUUGCUCUCCUUUCACCCUCUCCAUCUCAUGCUUUCUUCCUGUCCUCCUUAGUUCUCUACCUCUUCUUCAUUUUAUUUUACACAUGCAUGAAUGGAUGUUUCUGUGUGCACAAACUCCUCAUGGUUAUUUGGUUUUAUAUCUAGAGGUAUAUUACAUGAAUGUUAAUGUAGUUCAAGAAAAUGUUUAAAGAAGAAUUCUGAUGUAUGGCAAACAAUUCAUGUGCCUACAAGGAGUGGUCUUGUGGAAUUAACUGGUUAUAAUUUCAAGGGGUAAUCUGAUUGAGAAUUAUGUAUAAUUGGAGAUGGAUGAAUGUAAUUAACAUUGUUUUGUAGGAGAGGGUUAUUAUAGGUUAACAGUUGACUGCUUGUUUAGUUAAAGAUGUUUUAUUGCACUCUAAAUGGAGAUGACAUGUUGAUCAUAUUACUAAGAAUCUGAAUUGCAUAAAAUAGUGUUAGAUUUAAGGCAUUUACAGAUUUUGAAUGAAAGAAAGGAGGAUUUUUUAUCAACAGUGAUGUAGGAAUGGAUAAUUAUAUAAGUAUAUAUUUAUGAAACUUUAAUAGGAUAAAAUUGUUCAUCUUGCUUGAAGACUAUAUCUUGCCCUUUGAAAAUAAAACCUUUACUAGAAAAUUAUA